AACGCAUUCGACACGCUGUUGACAAGCCUUCUUCAAGAGGCGCAUCCAUGGAUAAGGAACAGUGAGAAUAACUUUGGUAUACAGAUAAAAGAAAGAUAUUUAACUGUAAAGUUGAGAAGACGUGGAGCUAAAGUAGACGAAUACCAAUGUCUGGUUGAAAAACAGAAGAAAGGCUUAGAAACUUGCUGACCUAUCACAACUGAAGAGGUAUAUUUGGAAUCAACAGAACUUCAGAGGACAAGUAACUAAAAUAACUCAAAACAUCAGAAUAUGAGGUACCUAAAACUAGCUGUUUGAUUUGAGAUCAAUAGACCAACUUUAAAAUCAUCUUAGCUAAUGUCUACUCCAUCUCCAACAUCAACAGAAAGUCGGAAGAAUCGGAAGGAUGAGUUGAGCAUAAGAAGAAACAACGCAGUAUAGCAGAAGUCUUCUUGGAACAAAAUCCUGAGGCAGAGUUCAAAACUUCAGAAGAAAGUCAAUCUCUCAAUAGUUGUGCGCUACGUAAUUAACUUACUAUUCUUUUCAAGUGCUCAGUAACAGCCGCCAUGCUUAACAGCGCAGCACUAGUGUCUGUGAUGAAGGUAGUCAUGAUGAUGCUGAUGAUUCUUGGAACGGGAGUGGAGGCAGCACCCUCUGAGAGAGGCUUUGUGAAACCUCCACAUCCUCUUCCCAGUCUCACUCAUGCAUCAGCUGCACCAGAGAAGUCUUCAGCACUAAAUCCAAGCCAGUACCUGAAACACUGGCUUCUGAGUACAAAAGCAGCAGGAGUGGAUGGGACAACAAGAAUCAGUGACAAAACCACUACAAGGACUAUCACUGCGGGCAUCAGGACAGGGGCCAACACCGAGACAGCCAGGCCAGACAGACGAGCCCAGAUGCUGAAGAUGAUUUCAGCCCUGGAGGAGCUGCACAGGACAUUCAACAGCACACUGAGUUCACGGCUCACCAUCAUGCCACGAGCAAAUGGCAGAAAUUCAGGAAGAAAAAAUAAAGUGCCUCCUGCUGCUGAGGGAGGGGUGAAGCCCACCACUGUAGCCCCAGCAUCAGUUGACAGCACUGCAACCAGACCAAGUGCAGAUGUCAUCGUCCCCAGUCUGACUGGUCGAAACUUCAAGAAGUCCCUCCCACCUCAGACCAAGAAAACCAACAAAAGAGUGUGUUUCUGGAAGUACUGCUCCCAGAACUGAUCGUCUCGCAGCCAGUGUUGACCUUUCCACCGCUGGUCACCCUCCAUACUCUCCCACCUUUUCCUCCUCACCCACUCAUCAUCUUCUCCCAUCCAUCCAAUCAACCCCUCACAUACAAAGUUUCUAAAUACGUAAAACUGCAGUGCCAAAAAAAAACUUGCCACCACUCUCCCAUAAUAGGUAGAUGAUGUAUUUAUCGGUGCACAGGGCUGAUUCAGGCCAUUAUCACGAUCUUGUACAAUGUGUACGAUGCAGUUCUGGUUUUCUGAAGCCCUGAGUGAUGCUGCUUCACAAGCUAUUGCUAUGGAACUGUGUGGGAUAAUCCAUGUGACAAUUAAAUGUUUUUAUGUUUCAGCUAGACUGAGAAAGCAAAGGUUUUUGCACUUACUAAUAUUGGCUGGUGCUGAUUCACAUGCUGAUGCUGAUUCACAUGCUAUUGAGUGAUACUUUCUGUACUGGAUCCUUUCUCAUUGUGACUACACUGCAAGUGACGGGGCACAAAAUCCAGUCUUCCUUCUGUGCAAGACUGCAAAGUUCCAACGAAUGCCAGGAAGUUAAAUGCCCCGUGUAAAGAGAUAUAACGUCUUACUUAGUGACUUAGUACUUUAAAGGUGCUAGUAGGCGGAUUUUCUUACCUUUGGACAAAGCCAGGCUAGCUGUUUCUUCCUGUUUUUUUUAUGCUAAAUUAAGCUAACCGGCUGCUGUCUCCAUAGUGUAAAAAGUCGUGGUUUUACGGGGGUUAUGACUAUAUCACAGACUAUUUCUUAGCUAUGGAGCAUUGACUUCCUGGCGACCAAGAACACACACGACCCCCUUAAAACCACAAAUUGUCAUUUUUACACUUUGGUUUUGCUAUUAGCUAUUAUUAUUGGUAAGACAUUUUAAGAUGAAUUUAAAGAUGUUAAAUGUUAAUUAAAACAUUUGUUAUUAGCAGGUCCAACCUGAAAUAUCAGUGCAGAAGCUCAUAUUGCUUGAACCUUGGUUUCAUCCACCCAUCUACCCUUCUAUCCAUCCCUCCAUCCUCUCCCUUCCUCUCCUCUGGCUCUCCUCUGACCUCUGAGUGCUAGGAGACUGUUGCCAUGACACCAGGAAGCCCCACACCUCACCCCCACACAGGCGCCAGCCCUGACUUGGACAUUUUCAUUCACUCAUUAAUUAACAGGACUGACCAAUCAAAGAAGACGAUGUGUGCCAGUGGUCGGGCGCAUGAACAAUCACCCCUGUUAACCUUUUCUUUUCCUGAUAAGACAGACACACAUCGUUUUUGUAUGUGUGUGCCAACUUUAAAAUAAAGUUUAUUUCUAGCAUGGCAAAAACCAA